CUACCGCGCAAGUAUUCAUCAAACAAAUUUUAUCGCCAAAUCUCUCUUUCCUUCACAUAUACGCCCACUGUACAUGCAGUUGUUUUCUCUAGAAAAAUCAGCCACACUCUUCUCAAACGGUCGCUUGCUCGCUCAUUCCUACAAAAUUGACAUAAGAAAGCCAAAAGAAUUUAAAUAAUAGUUGUCUUCGUUCAUUCCGCCCUCACAUUUCGGCUUUCGGGAUGACCCCACUAUGAAAAGACCCGAAAUUCCACCACCACUGGCGGCGGCGGAGCCACGACGGCGAUGAGGGUGAUAGUGCCCUUACAAGGUGUAGUGCAAGGCCGUGGAGGCCUUUUCUUGGGUUCAGUUAUACCCUGUGCUCUGUUUUACUUUCUUCAGCUCUACCUCAAGAGAAGGGGUGGGCGCAAGUCCGGCGAACCUCCGUCAUCGACGGAGAGUUCUCCAUCGGAAACCCAUUUACCGGAAGUGUCGACUCUGCAGAGGGUUCAUUCAAGGUUGCUGUUUUCUCCCCGAGGGACAAGUGUGCCGGCCCAGGUGUCGUCUAGAGCUAAUGCAAUUGCCAAGCAGGCCGAUGGGCCUUACUAUGUCGGCCUUAAUCGGGCUGCAGACGACCCGUACGAUGAAAUGAAUAAUCCGGAUGGUGUAAUUCAACUUGGGUUGGCUGAAAACAGACUGUCAUUGGACGUGGUUCUAGAGUGGCUAGCAGACAAUACAAGGGAAUCAAUAAUAUCCCAGGAUUUGAGCAUAAGUGGGAUUGCAGCUUAUCAGUCGUUUGAUGGGUUGAUGGAGUUGAAAGUGGAACAGGUUGUGGCAGAGUUCAUGUCUCAAGUCAUAGAGAAACCACAGUUUUUCAACCCGGCACGGAUAGUGCUAACUGCUGGGACUUCUCCUGCAAUUGAGAUACUCAGUUUCUGCCUGGCUGAUCCAGGAAAUGCAUUUCUUGUACCGUCACCAUACUAUCCUGAUCUUGAUAGGGACGUCAAAUGGCGAGCUGGGGUGGAGAUUGUACCUGUUCCUUGCCGCAGUUCAGACAACUUCAGUUUAAGUACAACUGCUCUUGAUCGAGCAUUUAACCAGGCCAAGAAACGUGGUCUUAAAGUCCGUGGGAUAAUAAUUUCAAACCCUUCAAAUCCUGUGGGAGUUCUGUAUAACCGUGAAAUGCUUUGCAGCCUCUUAGACUUUGCUACUGAGAAGAACAUUCAUAUUAUAUCUAAUGAAGUAUUCGCCGGAUCAACUCAUGGAUGUGAAGAGUUUGUAAGCAUGGCGGAAAUUGUCGACACAGAAGAUUAUGACAGAGGUCGAGUUCAUAUUAUUUACGGUCUGUCGAAGGACAUUUCUCUUCCCGGGUUUGGAAUCGCUGUUAUUUAUACAUUCAACGAGAAUGUUCGUUCUGCAGCUAAAAAACUUGCAAGAUUCUCACCUGUUUCGGCCCCAACACAGCGUUUGCUUAUCUCUAUGCUUUCACAUACAAAAUUCAUUCAACGGUUUAUCAAGAUCAAUAGGGAGAGGGUUCGAAGGAUGUAUAUUUUGUUUGUGGGCGGUUUAAAGAUGUUGGGUAUCGAAUGCACAAAGAGUAACGGAGGAUUCUAUUGCUGGGCUGAUAUGAGUAGUUUAAUCCGUUCAUACAGUGAAAAAGGAGAGCUUGAGUUGUGGGAAAAAUUGUUGAACGUGGGCAAGGUGAAUGCGACUCCUGGAUCAUCCUGUCAUUGUGUUGAACCUGGGUGGUUCAGGUUAUGCUUUAGCACAUUGAGGGAAAAGGACCUUCCUGUAGUUAUUGAACGUAUUCGGAAAAUUUCUGAUAGUUAAUUUUUAUUGUUCCGUGGUUCUUGAUUCUAAAGGAUGGAAAUUUACCGAUACUUUGGUAGGCAGAGCUUUUCUCAAUUUCUUGGAAUUGCUGGCUCGGAAGAACCAGCAACAUAAUCUGGACUGGUAUUUCUUGGUCCAUUCGAAUAAAUGUCCUUCGCUGGUUCUGGCAGUUAACGUGGCAGCAAAAUUGUUCGUCCUCUGAUACGUUGGCGGUAGUCAUGUCACCAUACGACCUGUGGAUCGUACCUGUCGUGUUUUUAUGAAUGUCGAUUGAUCAUUUAUGGCUGAUGCAAAAGCAAGCGGAAAGACUGGAAAGUCUUUCUAACUAGAAAGACUGGAUCCUUACAUUUGUAACGGGAUUUAUUUAUUUUUUUUGGGUCAUUUUAAUGCUACAUAUUAUUCCAUUAUUUCCUUUUAGUGCAUGUUUGGUAAGCACUACCACACAUGAUGUAGGAAUAAGAUUUUAGCAUUUUUGUUCGUUCUUUAA